AUGUCUCUCGCUCAGCUCCAUACCGCCUCGCCGGCCCGUACUCCCGAAUUGACUCUUGGUGACGCCCUCGAGACCGGCUACGAAGGAUUCAGAGUCCGGUGUAGUGGUGUGGGAAGACCGGCGGGACGAGGUGGUUCCGAAUCGCUUGGAGGUGGAGGAAAGGCGUUUGAGGAAGUCAGACUCGGUCUCGCAGUCUUCGUCGGGGGGGUGAGGAGGAGAGUGGAGCUGCUGGAGCUGCUGGAGCUCGAGCUGGAUGAGGAGGAAGAUGAUGCGAUUGAGGUGCUGGAUCCAGGGCGGGUGUGGAGUUGGACCGGAGUGGGAGAAGGGCGCGACCGCCGGAGAGGAGGGACAGGGCCGAUCAUGCUGGGCAUGAGGGACGAUGGGGCUGGCGUAGGAAUGGGGUGGGCGGCGCACUUGGCGAAUGGGUGGUUGGCGGGGAAGGUAGCGAACAUGUUGGCUGUAUGGGGAUGGAGGUGGGGUAGUGGUUGUGGGGGUAGUAGGGAGCUGGAGAUGCUGUGCUUUGGUGUUGGAUAUGGCAGAUCCCUCCUCUCCUCAUCUCGUCUUAUAUCCCCCUCAUCAUACCACCCCCUUCACUCCCCUACUCAUCCUACCACUUCGCAUUCCUCGUCAACUACCACUUCACUUUCGCAAUCAUUCCUACUUCACCUCGGUGAUCAGUUGUGUGCCUUCACCUCGCCAAUCCAGUCGAGCGGACGGAUGGACAGGGGGAAAAGGGGAGCCGUUUCAUGGACAAAGAGGAAUGAUGAUGGGUGGCGAAGGGGACAAAAGGGUUUUGGGAAAAGUGGGAUUUUGGGGGUCGUGAGCGCGAUUCCCAUAGGGACGUGUGUUCGAUCUAGCUGGCUCGUCUCACAUACAAUGGAGUCCGGUCGACAUAAUACCGAGGAGAGCUGUCCAUCGAUUUUGGACCCAUCUAUCUUCCACUCUAUCUCACGACCUCUUACCUGUGACCGGAACUCAGUCCCAGCCAUGCCCUCACUCAACGCCCCGCCCUCCCGCAGCUCCCCCAGAAGCCAGCGAGGUAGUAUGAGCGAUCCGGUGCCCAUAGACUCGGAGGAUGAGAUGAUGGACGUGGACGAUUAUUCUGGAUCCUCGGAGGACGAACAGGAUGUGGCGCCGGGACACCAAGUUCUGAGAAAGACUGGAGUGACCGCGCGUAAGGGGGGAUGGGUAUAUCGUCAGCCGGCGGUCCAGUUAAUCAACUUGAGCGAUCACAAUACGUUUCAGGCUCUGUGCGAAGAGCUUAAGCACGCCAUACUAAACACCACGAGCGAGCGCCAGAGGAAAGCCAACCAACGCUGUCUUGAAUGGGUGACGGAAGAGCACUGGGGCAAGAUUGAAGGGAAGAAAGGGGGUUCCAGCAGGCGGGAAGUCGGAGGGUCGAUCGACGCCGAAGGUCACGCGUGCAACGAGUGCCGAGAACGUGGCAAAGACUGCUUGGUCCGUGUCAUACAGAAUGGGAGGCAUGGCCCUCAUGAAGUAAUCUCCCGUUGUAUCUGCUGCAUGACCUCUGGCCGUCUCUGCGAUAUCGCGUCUCGGCCGGCGAAGGAGACAAAGGCGUCUCACCCGCGUAUUCCCCGAUACAAUUUACCUGCACUUCCCACAGCCAUACGACGCAAUUCGGCGCCACCGACAAGACUCACGAGGGGUCGAGCUUCGGUCGUCUCCGGCGGUCCCCCUCUCGGCACCGUCGGUGCUGGCGUUAGCAACACCAAUCGUAAAUGUAUCACUGUACCCAUCCGAGCCGCUCCUCCUCCUCCUCAGGCGCCGGCUCCGCGCGUCGGAGCCACCGGAGCAGCAAGCAGCUCGACACAGUCAACGCUGCGGUAUGUGGCAGAAUUCGCGGAUCGGGUGCGCCGGAUGCUGCUGCAGGAGGAAGACGCAGAUGAGUUCAUGAUCGGGGCCACGCUUGGUGUCAUGUCGCAGAAUGUGGCAUUGCUUGAGCGGAUCACGGGAGCUGCUAGAGGUCCCGAGGACACCACUGACCAGGCCGGAGCAGCCAUCAUAUACGUCCAAAACUUUACCAACCAUGCCCGCACCAAGCUUGCGGUCCAGAUCGAGAAGGACUUUCUCAUCAGCACCAUGUUCGAUGCGAUGGACAUGCAUCUUGUCACAUUGACGCGGCCCAAUCUACGUGCCUACCUCCGUACCGACGCUGGGACGAGCAGCAACCCAUUACCUGUGGAGUCGGAUGACGAGAUGUUGGAGGAAGACUCGUUACUCUCGGAGGACGAUACGUACGGCGAGACCCCUGCAGUAGCUACAACAGGGCGGAUCACAAAUACGGGUACCAACGAGUUCAAGACAAAGGCGAUCUGGACGUAUCGUCAACCCGCUAUGAUCGCACCUGCUACAGGUGUGCAAGCAAGCUCUCUUUAUCAGGAGUGCUGCGAGAUCAUUGAGCGUAGAAUCUUAAUCGCCAAGGCUCCCAUCGUCAAGAGGGCUAUGAUGGGCUACAAGAGGAAAAUUACACAUGCGGAGGCAGGGUGGGCGAUUGUCGGAAAGGCACCCUUGGGGACUCGCGAACGGCGAAUGAAGGGGGGCGGACCGUGUCCAGGGUGUGCGAACAAAGGAGUCGACUGCCUGGUUCAGAUUGACCGAGCCGAUAGUACCGCUUCACCGACGGUGAUCUCCAUAUGUAUGGGAUGCAUAGCCCUGGGUCGGACUUGCAACAUGACGGCUGGUAGAGCGAACUCGAAAGCACAAGCCUCUCGCAUUAGGGCAAUCGCAUCCACGCGUCCGCAGUCCAAGAGAGCGAGAGCCGCCUCACCUGUGAGGGUCCCCGCUCAGCCAUUCGUCAACGCGUCCGCGGUUACCGAGCACCGCCGCGAGCCAACCGUCGGUACCCCGCCACCCGCACAGCGAUCGUCCGUUCCGGCGCCGCCCAAAGAGCAAGACGAUACACCUGAGGUCGAUGUCAUCAAAGUCCAAGCAGCGGUUCGUUUCGUUACCAGCUUCGCUCAGCACCUGCGGGGCCUCUUGAUCCGAAAGGGCGAGCUCGAGUUCCUGGUCGAUACGAUGUUCGCUUUGAUGCAUACCAAGACGUCUAUUCUUGAGAAGCUCACCGCCUCUUUGACUCGGCCACAUGUCAACGUCACCAAGCUGGAAGCAGAGUCCGCUCUCUGCUAUGUUCGGAAGUUCAGCACGCAAGCUCGGUCGAUGCUUUUGGAGGGCGGCGCGCAGGAGGACUUCCUCACCGGUACCAUGUUUCUUGCGAUGGAAGAGCACUUGGUGGUGCUCAACGCUGGGACGGAUCAUCAAAUCGGAAGUGGUAGUUUAGAAGAUCAAGACAUCAAUACCAUCAUCAUGCAGACAGCGUACACGUAUGCCUUCAAGGACAUUCCGCGCAGGAGUGCACCUCAGAGCGGUCGACCUUACUGGAACUGCUGGCUGGCUACGGCGCCGGCAAAAGUGGCUACUGAUGCCCCGGAAUUCGAAGCAGAGACCGAUCAUGGGACAAGUACCUCAGAGGCGGACGACCCGUGCUAUCAACCCCGCGUCGGGGAGGAGGCGGCUGUGAAGCACACCCGGGAACCGGCCAUUGACACCAAGGACGAUCCCGUCUCGCUCGACUCCAGUGAUGAGGAGGAGGAGGCCGACUCUUUGUCGACGAGCAGUCGAUCCGAGAGCCCUGCUGCCAGCUCAGUCUUGACGGGAAAGGAAGAGGAAAAUGAGGGGAAUGAUGGGUCAUAUGAGACUGAGCCGGAAGACGACGAUGAGGACAGCGAGGACAUUUCAGACGUAGAGGAGGAGGUAGCUCUGACUAGGGCGGCGCGGCGCAGGGCACACGUAGGUAGGCCAACGGGAACGCGGAAGUCCACUGGCUUCCGGUACCGCCAGCCCACCUGCAAGAUCAUUGACGACGUUCGCGAGCACCCAGUCUGGAAGUCCUCAUGCGAGAAGCUGGAGCACAAACUUCACGCCAGCAAAAAUUCAAAACCGAUAAGGGACUACACAGGCUACCUGGCCAAAGUGAAGGACAGGGCGGCAGCAUGGGCCUCGGUAAUCAAGGAUCAAGGUCAGGACAGUCAUGGUGAGGGAAUGAACGGUGUGUUGGAGUCCGAGGCCGCCGAUAGACCCCAGGUCGUAUCCCGCUGUAUAGGCUGCAUUGCCUUCGGAAGGACCUGCGACAUAGUCAUUGGAUCCACCAACGGUCAUAAGACCAAGAAGAGGACCAGACGCAGCAGACCUCAGGCUCCUCAGGCCAAGCGACCUCGCCCUAUUCCUACCGUCGAAAUUGUUGCUGCCUCUCGUCGCCCCACCAAUCACGCCCUGGAGCGACUCCCUCAACCUUUGCGAAGCUCAGAGCUUCAAUUGCCUAUUCCGUCGACUACUCAGGCCGAAAUCUCCGAACAACGAGUGCAGGCCGCCAUCAGCUUCAUCCCAAGGUUCAACAAAUGGCUUAGGGAGAAGAUGUCGGACUCGCGAGAUUGGGAUGAGGCGAGGGCCAACAUGCUCGUCAAGAUGGAUGCGGAGAGCGGUUCGUCAGGGCAGCUGGUAGCGUGUCAUCGGAGCAUUGGCAUUGUCGGAUCAUCGCUCAACGAGGGGGAGGUCCAGACUGCUCUCCAUCAUCUGAGAAACGACCAAGUACGCGCGAGGACAUCUUGGCGUGUUGGAGCAGCUGGUGGCAAAGUCGCCUUGAUCGGCCCGUCAUUCUCCGGCGCAUCGAGGCGAGGAAAUGGCAGGGGACGGGCGAGAAGGGGGAUGGACAGGCCAUAUGAGGGCAUCGCAGGCAUGUCGAGAGCUGGGCGACUGGUCCUGGGCGAUAUCACAAGUUUCAUCUUAGGCCCGCGCGGACCACGUGCUCCGGUAGCUGCUAUCUUUGCGGGAACCGGCAGAACAAACCUGAAAUCGUUGCCUGUUGCACUUCUACCCAACUACCCAAGUAGCCUCAAAAGCAGCAUGUCGUGCAUUCCCUACAACGAGGCCCGCUUCCGCGUCAAGAGCGAGUCCGGUACACGACACGACCCGGUCAAGGUGGAAGAAUCCGACAACGACGAGCUGGUUGACGACGUUGAGAUGCUCGAGGAGGAGUCGGACUUGACGGAUAUCGAAGAGAGCCCUCCGGUUGCAGAGGACACGGCAGAGGUGGAUGAGCCGGCAGAGGAGGAGGAUGGACCAGCUCGACGUACGAGAUCUGCCCAAGAGUCUCCCCAACCCGUCAAGAAGCGAAAGCGGAAGAGCGGGUUCUCCUAUCGCCAGCCAACUAUUACGCCCCUUCCUAACAUCCGGCAGUCAGACUUCUACAAGAAAUGCUGCGCCGAGGUCGAGUCGAAGAUUAGCCCUACAAUGAGCGAAGGGCAUCUCUACCAGAUCAAGACACUGCGCGCUAAACUGUCUAAUCCCGCAUCGGACUGGGGUAUGGUGGAGGAGGAGUCGCUCAGCCAGAAGCGCGGAGGAAACUCAGAAGGUGGUCCAUGCGAAGGGUGCAAUGAGGCCGGCAUUGAGUGUUAUGUGCAAAUUGACCCUCACGGGGACGAGCGGGUGAGUCAAGUCAUCUCUCGAUGCAUGGGCUGUAUGGCAUACAGUACGCCAUGUGAUAUUACGAAGCCCAGGAUCGCAGCUGUAAAGCCUAAAAAGAAAGCCAACCUCGAGUCUGCGAUCCCUGAGAAGAGAGCUAGCAGGUCUCUACGUACCGUUAAGAAGCUAGCUGCUGCGCGUAAAGCACCGACCAGCCGUUCUCGACUAUCCGUCGACAUCCCGGCAGCACCGCCCAAAGUGCUCAAGCCCAAACCCAAGGUCGAGAAGCCAAAGGUCGUCAAGCCGAAGGUCGUCGCAGUGGAGAGCAGCGACACCGAGCUGGUCUCUGCGGUCGAGUAUAUCAGCAAUUUUACCGAUCAGCUACGCGGAAUGCUGUCGAAAGAGAAGGAGAAGAACUUCUUGGUGCAGACCAUGUUUCAAUUUAUGGGUCUGAAGAUCGACGUGUUUCAGAAAGUGAGUCGAUGA